GUUUUGUACCGCCUGCAUACCAGGCUCACCUCAUGCACGGACAGCUCGGUGGGUCGACUUUCUUGGCUUGAAUUCGCAGGGUUUAUCUGUAUCAUAUCGACCGGAGUGGUGUUGAAGCGUCAUGACGGACCACGUUAUUCGACCUGGUCGACUUCGGGUCAUCUCGAUGCUGCAGGAUGGAGUUCUGGAUCCCCACGUCACUCAUUCGUUCCCAGCCUUCAUCGCGCCGGAUGGAAAGUCGGCGGAAGCGUACCUCAAGACCCAGCCGAUGGGGUCGUACCUGUUCGUACACAACUUGACUCAGUCCGCAUCGUGGUGGAGACCCACGGACUUGUCGCUGUCGAUCAUGGUCAAGUUCCGCACCCGCGUGCAAGUGGCGCACAUUCCGAUGCGAUUCAAAUCGUCCAAAACGUGGUUCACGCCCUUGCGACGGUCGGCGUACAUCGAGUGGAGCAAGACCAGCCAGCACGUGCACAAGGCGUACGUGGAUCCGACCAUGUACCCGACGUUGCGCGCGUACUGGGCCGAGUACAUGCUGUACGUCGGGGAAAAGGUCAGCGAGAUUUGCCAAGACCCGUCUCUGAACGAAAAUUGGACCCCGUCUUCGUCACUUCCGUCGACCAUCCGCGUCUUGGGCUAUCCCGUUGGCGACGGCAUCCACGUGGACAUCAUGCAAGCCCGGCCGAUUUCGAUCCGGUUCAACUUUGCCCGAUGCAGCAUCGACAUCUAUUUCAACCGGCGAAGGCUCUCGCUCGACGGGAGCCUCUGGCGCAUCAAGUACCCGUGGAACAUGACGUUUGCGACGAUCAAAGGUAUGGCGUUGGGGCAGUCGCCGUUCAGAGGCGUGCCGCCCAAGUCGUUGGAGUCGAUGAUCAUGCCCCGCGGGUCGUCCUUCAAGUACAUUCCGUCGUGCCAUGAGUCGGUCGAAGACGAACAUGUUGAGGAGGAACUGCUCCAGGCACUCAUGGAUCGCGCGCAGCUGUACCAGAACACUACCAAAGAGAGCCCACUCACGGACGUACUUCAAAUCCUCCUGCGGGUUCCGCCCGACCAGUCGACCAGCCCCAAGCUGCUCGAGCUGCGCCUGGACAUCCUCGGCUUUCUCGUGCAGCUGCAAUCCGUCGACGUGCAUGCAGCCAGAUGGUUCACUCGACCCACGACGGACCGCGCGGUCGAGUACGUUGUGCACCUCACCUGCCAGUACGAGUUGGGCUCGAUUGGGUCGGAGAAGAUCGCCCAAGUCGUCCGCGGCGCAGUCGGGGCCAAUCCGGACGUGGCGUACGUGCUGAGACUAGUUCACGGCCUCCUCUCCGUCCCGUCGUUUCAGCACGCGUUUGUAAACAACCAAGGCGCGUCGGCCCUGUGGUCUCGAUCGGCCAGUCUCAUGGCAGAAGUUCAUGCCGCCGUGCGUGCUCAAAGCCGAGGAAGGUGCCUCCUGUAUGCCCCAGACACGACAACAACACACGGGACCGCUCUGGCCGUGACGUCGACACGUCCUUCUGGGUCCAACGCACCGCCACUACCACCUUCAUAUCCAUCCGCCCAUGAGGCGGGAGUCCAGUUGGCACUCCAUGGGAUUUCAUUUGUCCGCGAUGAGUUUGUCGGACGGUAUCCACACUCUAAACAGCCACACAACGACCUGUGCGCCGACGAUACCGACGACGACGCGACCCCUCACGUCUUCCCGCGCCUGGACACGCCGUCGUUCCGGGCACCGCCCUUGACCCCUUGCAAGGCUUGUCAGUGCCCACAGAAACUCGCAGCGUUGCAGUUCUUGCGCUGUAUCGACAAGUUGCACGAAAAGUCUAGCGCGGCAGCCCUAGCGGGCAAGGCGGACGCCGCGUGUGUGCACCAGUUGACGUCCGAGCUGGCGUUCUGGGCAAGCCAAACCGACGACACGUGUUGGAAGCGAAUGUUUCUAAACCAGUGGCUUCGAAAGUUCAAUGGCUGGGCUCGACAGGACGACGACGACUCGCUCAGUGCCACGGUGGACUUGACGUGGCUGACGGCAGUGGUGGGUCGCGUGCAUAUGCUCAACAUCAAUGACGGGGUCGUCCAAGUGCGCAUAUUCUGCCAGCUCCUUGCGAGCCUUCCAGGCCUCUUGGACGAAAAGCACAGCGACAGCGACGACGGCAAGGCAGUGGCGGCCACGAUCGUCGAGAUCGUCUCAGGAAUUGUCACCACUGCGUCUGUGACAUCGUCGCUUAUCUUUGCCGUGUUGGAGCUGUGGAGACUCCUGCUGCUGUCCACGGGAUGGCACGCGACCAAGCUGAAACUGCUCCAUGUGCUCGUGCAUUACACCCCGCUGUACUCGGCAGCAAGCGCAGCCCGAAACGCCAUGGAGGAGGCUGGCUCACCCCACGCAGUGUAUUACGCCAAGUGGCUUGCGGUGAGCCUAGGGUUUCUCGGUUCCCGCCGCGCCGAAACAAAAAUGUACCCCGGCACGAUCGGAGCAACUUGGUCCAAAUUGCUUUAUAAGAUGGGAUGUCCUGUGCCCGCAGGAGGGUUUGAAGACAUGCACACGACGACAUCGCACCGGUUUCUGGAGGUCGUGCCCUCCACGGACCAACUUCACCACGAUGCCACCAACGAACAUGGCCUCCGCUCGUGGAAAGCGUACUUGGAAUGCCUCCAUCAAUGCACACCCGCACGAAUGAUUCCACGAGCACUUGUCGCACGCCAAUUCAGUCGUUUUCUGGAAUGCUAUUACUUCCACGAUCGAGAUACGCCUUUGGUAUGGGACUGCCUUGUCACGGUGUCAACAUACGCAGCCACCGCGUGGGCCGACCUGGACGAGUUUGUGCUACUUCAAUUGUUUGGUUUCCACUCGGCGGAUGGAGGACCUACCCUUGCAUCAAGGCCGUGCAAGUCCAGUGCCACGCCCAAUGCUUCUUCGCUCCUCGUCCUUGCGCGCACGGAAGACGCGUCGUCGAUUCCCUUGCUUCAAUUGCAUAAACUGAUGCCCCUGCAGCAACUGGCCACGCCAGAACAAUCACUUCUAGAGUGUUCACAUUCUCACCCCAUGGACAACUUCAAGUUCUGGUGCUCCUCCGACAUGUACAUUGCCUUUGUCCUCCACGUGUUCAACCUACUCGUGACAACGGCGGACAAUCAGUCGUUGAAUCCGACCUACUGCGGCCGCUUUGGCGGGUCCCACGACGUCGACAUCUUGUACUGGCUGCAAAUGCACUUUGACUCUCCCAAGUGCAAACACUUGGUUCCACAACUUACCCGUCGACUCGCCGACCAAGAGCUCCACACCUCGCGGCGGCAAUCCAAGCUCCGGCUGGUCAAGUUGGCCGCGCCCAGCCUGUCGGAUCGCGUCUUGUUCUUCCGGGGCUUCGAUCCCCCCAGACAAGGGGCGUUCGGAACUGUCUACCGCUGCACAUCCGAUAUGCCCAUCAUUCGACUCCACUCCCCCAACACGCGCGAAAGCAUCGCGCUCAAGGUCCUCCCGCCCCAAAAGUUACCCCAGGAUCGGUCGAUUCUCUAUUGUGUGUACAAUGAGGUGACGGUCAUGGAACAUCUGCGCGGAAAUGCCGCGGCCGUCCAGCUGUACGACUACGGCCUGUCGCAGGACGGGUACUUUAUUGCGAUGGAGUACGCCGAGUGCAGCCUCAAGGGCUGGCGAGACAAUGCGACGACGGUGACGUUGGCCACGCUGCUGGCCGUAUUCUCCAAAGUGUGCUGGGCUCUGUCGACCGUUCAUUCUGCCUCUGUCGCACAUUUGGACAUCAAGUGCGAAAACGUGUUGGUACGCAACGCUUCAUUGAGCGAGUUUAACGUGUGCUUUGGCGACUUUGGCGAGUCCGUCGUCGUCGUCCCUUCGUCUUCGUCGGCAUUCGACUGCCUCUACGCCCGCGGCACGGAAGCGAUUCAAAGCCCCGAAAUGCUCAACUUUGCAGGCGCCGUUGGGUAUACCUCGGACAUUUGGUCGGUCGGGUGCUUGCUCUUUGAGCUCAUCACGGGGUCAAUGCUGUUUGGAAAUGAGGAAUGGCCGACGCUGUUUGCCCACUUGACUUGCUCGACCGCGCCAGUGCUCAUGGACAAGCACGUCGCCAUGCUGCAUGAGGCUGUGGCCCGCCUGAGUCCCCAGCGCGCCAUCGACGACGACGUCUUAACCCACCAAGUCGCCACGGUGUCAGACCUGCUCAGCUUCAUCUUGGUUCGAGACCCGCUGCGACGACCUUCCCUAGAUAGCAUUCAACGCAAGCUACUGGACUUUCGCCUCCCUCGUCUGGUCGAGAUGACGCGGUCCAUCCGUCCACAGCACCUCACGGCACCCGACGCCAUGGCCCGCCAAGUGCGGCUGCUGGAUGUGCACCACCCUGCGCCGACGGGCAAACUUCGGCUCUCGCGACGGCUGUACCUGGGGUGGCAGCCCGUCUGGAACGGGGAGCACGGCGUUGUCAUUACCCACACUCCCCCCACCCAUCGGAACCGUUCGUCCCGACCUCGAACGAUCUUUGUCACCCCCCACCACUCGCUGCCGUUCGACCAACAAGAAGUCAAGUACACCCAGGACCUUUUCCGCCACGCUAAGGCCAUUUGCUCCAUGCUCUGGGACUUGUAUGUGUCGGAUCGAGUGGUGCUGCUGGACGUGCCUUCCAAGCCAGUCAUGCGGGCGCUCAUGCCCGUGCUUUACGUGUACCACAUGCUCUUCUUCGGCCCGUCGUCCUUUGAACUGGUCAAGCAGCUCUGGAAACCCCACGAGACCAUCCUCAUACCGUCGACGGCGCACUUGACGUCGCUCUUGUGCUGGGAAGAGAAGCGAUGCAUCACGACGCAAUCCGCCCAGCACACCAACACGUACCAGUGCAUUUGUGGCACGCAUGCAUUUCAGACCGUAUCCCCAGCCACAGCAUGCUGUACAGAGUCUGCUCCUUGUGCGCUGUGCAUGGUAUGCAAGCCACAUCGAGAGCAGGAGGUGUUCGACCCUCACACCAGCGCUCGUCCGUUGAAAUGGAUCGACGUCAGUGGCGAUGGCGAGGCCAUCGUCGACUUGGCACAAUGGGGGCACUGGGAAACCACGGCCGAGGCCCCGACAGACGAAGUGAUUGUUCGCGACAUCUCGUGGCAAGUGUAUCGGUGCUCCAUCUGCCACAUGCUCACUCGAGCCAUCCACAAGGACGGCCAGAUAAAGCGACUUGCGCAGAUUCAAACGGGGCGAGCGUGGCACGACGCCCAGCGACGCUUGUUUUUCAGCUAACUCACGAACACGAAUAAUUUAUUUC